AGGCUGCUGAGCAGGGCACCAAGGUCGGAAAGUGGGCUGACGCCUCCGACGAGGAGGAGGAGGACGCGAAGAUCUACAAGCCCGUCUCCGACUCGGAGUCCGAUCAGGACGCGGACUCCGACUGGGAGGGCAAGCACGGCGCGGAGGGAAGCAAUCGCAAAGCCGACACCGAAAAGGACAAGGAAACCGCCCCGAGGCAGCAGGCCAAGGAGGAUGCCGCUCCGGCCAAGUCGAAGAAGGACAGAAAAAAGGAGCAGAAGCCCGAGGACGAGGACCUCGACCAGGUGCUCGCCGAGCUCGGCAUCGAAGUGGGAGGGGACGACGCGGCGCAGCCGUCUGCUUCUUCGCAGAGAAGAAAAAAGAAGAAGGAGAAGGAGGCGGCGGCCGGGGACGCCGCGGCGCCGGCGGAGGACAAGGAGAAGCCAGCCACUGCGGCUCCCGAGGCGAAGCAGGUAGAAGCGGAGGAAGAGGUUGACGAGGCCAAGAGGCAGGAGGCCCUGGAGGCCUUGAAAAAGAAGCAGGCCGCGAAGGGGAAGAAGGGCCCCUCGUCGGAUGCCGUGAAGAUCGCGCAGGCGGAGGCGAAGAAGAGAGCGGAGGCGAAGAAGGUCAAGAAAGAUAAGUCGGCGU